UGAUGAUGAUAAUUUUAACGAUGAUGAUGAUACUUUGAAUGAAGUAUUUAAUGGUAAAAUGUUUGGUGAUAAAGCGUUUGAUGGUGAAGCAUUUGACGAUGAAGAAUUUGACGGUAAAGUAUUUGAUGAGAUAUUAAAUAAAAAUGUUGAAAUGUUGAGUAAUGAUAAAAUAUUAAUAGAUUCUAUGCUAAGUAAAGAAUCUGAUAAAAUUAUUGACGAAGCAUUAAAUAUCAAAGAAAUGCUAUCUAUUAGUGAAGAAUUUUUUCCAUAUUUUAAAAAUCUUAUUGAAGUGUUAAUAUUUUGCUAG